ACACCCGCAGAAACUGGGCUUGGUUCUGUCGGUGUUCGUGCUGAUACAAGCUCCGGCUGCGAUUGGAGACUGGUGGAGAGAAGCAGGACGCAGACGCAGCUCGGGCUUCUGAGGACGGAGGACGCAGUGUCCAUCACUUCAGCUGAUGUGAGCAGACGGUUGGAGUCUCCGAUCCGAAAUAUCAACAUCGUCAUCACCACCAUCCGAGGAGCGAGAACCGAAGCAGAAAAUGGGACGCUCCGCAAUACCUGCGCUGGUGGCACUAUUGUCCUUCACCGUCGAGGCUCUGGUGGACGUCAACGGCCCCGCCCCUCAGGUGGCAGAGCCGCAGAUCGCCAUGUUCUGUGGCCGUCACCUCCUGCACAUGAACCCCAGGACGGGCCAGUGGGAGCCGGACCCUCAGGGCCGCAAGGACUGCUUCAAAGAGCCCAGUGAAAUCCUGUCCUACUGUCAGGAGAUGUACCCAGCUCUCCAAAUCUCUCACGUGGAGGAGGCCAAGAGCCCCGUCACCAUCCCGUACUGGUGCAAGAAGGGUUGGGGUCACUGUCAGAACCGCCCGCCCAUCGUGGUCCCGUACCGCUGCCUGGAAGGUGAAUACGUGAGCGAGGCUCUGCUGGUGCCGGAUCGCUGCCGGUUCCUCCACCAGGAGCAGAUGGACGCGUGUGAGAGCUACGUGUACUGGCACAACAUCGCCAAAGAGGCAUGCACCGCGGACAGUCUGGAGCUGCACAGUUACGGCAUGCUGCUGCCGUGUGGAGACGACUUCAGGGGAGUGGAGUACGUGUGCUGUCCAGGCCGAGGGACCUCCAGCGCUAAAGUAGAGGUUGAAGACGUGGGCGUGAACUCGAUGACAUCCCAGACAAGCGGAGCCCUGAAAUCUGCUGUCAAAAUGGCCACCCCGACUCCAAGCCCCUCCCCUGACACCGAUGUAGACGAGGCCGAUAUGGAAGAGGAAGACGACGAGGUGGUGGAAGAAGAGGAAGAGGAGGAAGAGGAGGAGGACGAGGUUGAAGAGGGCGAGGUUGAUGAAGUAGACGAUGAAGAGGAGGAGGAGCCUGUCGCUAUGAAGGACCCAGAGGAGUACGAGUACGCCAUUGACUCCGAUCCCUACCAGACUUCCGACUACACCGACUCCUUCUACUACGGCAAGAGCCACAAACCCACCGCCUCCACUCCUCUGUCCAAGGUGACAAACGCGCGCCCUACCGACGUUGUGGACGUGUAUUUCGAGAAGCCGGUCGAGGAAACUGAGCACGCCAACUUCCUGCGUGCCAAAAUCGACCUGGAGGACCGGAGAAUGAAGCGCAUCAAUGAGAUCAUGAAGGAAUGGGCUGAAGCCGACAACCAGUCAAAGAACCUUCCAAAAAUGGAACGCAUGUCCAUCAACGAGCACUUCCAGUCUGUGUUGCAGACGCUGGAGGAGCAGGUGGCCCGUGAAAGGCAGAGGCUGGUGGAGGUUCACCUGGCCAGGGUGGAGGCCAUACUCAGCAACAACCGCCGGAUGGCCCUGGAGAACUACCUGACAGCCGUGCAGUCGGACCCUCCUCAGCCGGAGCGCGUGCUGCAGGCUCUCAAGCGCUACAUGGCGGCGGAGCAGAGGGACCGCAGACACACUCUCAGGCACUACCAACACAUCGUGGCAGUCGACCCGCAGAAAGCUGAGAUGAUGAAAUUCCAGGUGUACACACACCUUCAUGUGAUCGAGGAGAGGAUGAAUCAGAGCCUCGCGCUUCUCUACAAAGAUCCCAACUUGGCGGAGGAGCUGCACAGCAAGAUCCAAGAGCUGGUGAAGGCUGAGCGAGGAGACAUCAGCGAGCUGAUGACCACCUCCUUCUCUGAGACACGCACCACUGAGGAGCUCCUGCCAGCCGAGAGCGAGGAGGAGAAGGACGAUGAGGAGGAGGAAGAAAGAGUCUUCCAGAACAGACCGUAUCCUCCCCGUGUUGACGUGCAGUCUAACAAGAAAGCGUCUGUAGUCGAUGAGUACGACUACACCACUUCAGAGAGAGGCCCCACCUACGAAUAUGAGGAAAAGAUCAAUGCCUCUGCAGAGCUCAAGCAAGUCGUCUACAAGCCAGCGGAGAUUGAAAGAGAUGAGCUGCAACCUGACGCUUUAGAGACGUUUAACCGCGGCGCCAUGGUGGGACUGCUGGUGGUGGCUGUUGCCAUCGCCAUGGUGAUGGUGAUUAGUCUGCUCUUGGUGCGCAGAAAGCCAUACGGAACAAUCAGCCAUGGGAUCGUGGAGCAGGUCGACCCCAUGCUGACGCCUGAAGAACGACAGCUCAACAAAAUGCAGAACCACGGCUACGAAAACCCCACGUACAAAUUCUUCGAGCAGAUGAACUGAGCUAAGUGACGCCCAAAACUAGGCCGCCGGUUUUCUUCCUCUUCUGCGUCACGACUCUUGUGAUCGAUCAUUUAUGAAGUCCACCCCCCCAAACCCACUGUAAAUGACCAACAAGAAAUUUAAGCAACACGAGCAACGAACCAUGACGCCAAGUCACUAAAUAUGUUGUAGGUAGAAGCUAAAGGACUCCAGCUCCAUCUUCCUGAACAUAAACCCAGCGGCAUGACCAACCGAACCCUCUUAAAAAGUGGAAAGGCGCUUUGUAGUACUUCAUUUCCGCAGUUAUAAUUGUACCACAGUUCUAAAUAUAAAUGGUGUCUGUGUACCGAAUCUGAUGAGCGAGUAGAUAUGCUUUAAUCACACUUGUGCUGGCGAUACAGAAAAACAAUCGGCGAAAGUAUCCCAAAAAUAUCCUUUAGAUAUGUUCCUUUUCAUUUAUACAGCUACCAAAAUAACUGUAAAUCAGUAUAAAAAGUGGGAAGCAUGACAUUUGGUGUAUGAAACUGCUGUAUUUAUUUGUGUUGUCAUGGCUUCCUUUCAAGUGUCACCGUUCCCCUAAAGGACACUGUAAAUAACUCAAGAGGUACAUACUUCUAGAUGUAGACAUUUCUAUGAUUGAUUUGCAUCAGUGUACUGGAAUAACACGUUAAAAAAAAACAAAAAAAAACAACGUUGUGCUGUAACGAGAGGGAGAUACAUUUUCCUAACAUGGCUGAUUGAAAACGGACUGUUGUAAAAACCAGCACAAGACAACGACACAGUAACUUCUUUCUGAAUGUAUUUAAAGGUAGACGUUGAGAUUACUUUCUUUUGGGUGGCACAUUGUUUCCCUUGUAGCCUGAUAGGAGUAGUGAACCCGCCCGACAGAGGGGGCGUGUCCAAACCCAAAACACAGUUGUAAAACAUCCUGUCGUAGACUGAACAAUACUGAAUGUGGGUAUUUAAUAGUUGCUGUUUUUGAGUUGUCACUGAAUGACUCACUGUAGUUUGUCAUCUCUUUGAUCAGCAUAGUUCCCCGAGUAGGUAAGAGAGCGGAGGGGUUGUCCCGUUGAGCUCAUUCGAGUCGACAAAAGAGGGUCACACAUGUUGCUUUUUAAGAAUCAAUCAUGCCUUUUUUUUUUUCAUCCAACGCUCCAAUAUCAGCACUAUUAUUGAACUAAGAUCAGAAAGUCGUUGUUUAUAAUUUGUACAGCUACGUAGGUGAAUGAAGAUGUAUGUUCACUGUUUAAUCUGAAAACCAUAGAUGAGAAAAACGCUUGCCUGUGUUCUCCCAAAAACCACCGACGGUUUCCUACCAGCAUUUAGCAGACGUAGAGAGGUUGUGUACCGUAGAUACUCACAUUUGUACGUUCGUCCUCUGUUGAACUGAAUUCUUUGUUGGUCUCUCCUCAAGCCUGAUAAAAUAUAUACGACGUUUUUAAGAUUUUAAUUGCUGCAUUAUUGCCUUUUACAAUGCUGUGUUCUGGAUGUAAUGAUUCUGUAUUUUUUAUUCAUAUGUAAUAAUCUGUUGGAUGGAGGGUCAUGCGUUUCACACUGGAUAUAAGAAGUGAGUAACCUGUGGCGCGAAAUGUCUCGAGGCAGAAUUGGUCAAGCAUCAAGCACAAGUAGAAUCACACCCUUCAUGUACAGGUGGCUAAAUUUAGCGUCGUGUCACAGAGAGCUCUUCUUUAUUUUCUUUGACCAAAGACGUGCUCCGAAAAUUAUUCAGAUUUGGCAAAUUGUUCUCUGUUGUGUAAAUGUGUUUGCAAGCGAUUUGAGCAGAAACUGGUCCACCGAUUAAGAUGUGUAAUAAAAAUGAGUGACCCAU